AUGGAUCCUUCUUCCCGUAACUCUCACGGGUUUGUUAACUUGUUAGCUUCGCAGAGCAGUCCACCAAUAGACAUAGACUCUGCUGAAGCACAUGUUACCUCUCCCGGGUUAGUUAAACCAGCGAAAAGGAGAAAGUGGUCAACCAAAGAAGACAUUGUGCUGAUCAGUGCUUGGUUGAACACCAGCAAGGAUCCCAUAGUGAGCAAUGAACAGAAGCUAGGAUCGUUUUGGAAGAGGAUAGAAGAGUAUUUCAAUUCAACUCCUCACCUCGUUGGCUCCCUUCCAAGAGAGUGGAGUCAAUGUAAGCAGAGGUGGGGAAGGGUGAAUGCGGAGGUCUGCAAGUUUGUGGGAUGCCAUGAAAGCGCGUUGAAGGAGCAGACGAGUGGGCAAACAGAGAAUGAUGUCAUGAAGCUUGCUCAUGACAUCUUCUUCAAUGACUAUAAUGUCAAGUUCUGUCUUGAACAUUGCUGGAGGGAACUUAGGUUCGAUCAGAAAUGGAGAUCACACUGUCAGCCGAAGGAGAAAAGGAAGGAAAGUGGUCCGGAGGUGGUGAGUGCUGAGGAAGAGGUUAGGCCUCCGGGUGUCAAGGCCAGCAAAGCUGCCAAAUGGAUGUGGUGA